GGUACGAUCUUAAACCGCACUACUUGUGCCGCUCUACUAACGGGACAUUUUCGAACCGGCCAAGACGAACUAAAAUCAGGAAUCCGGCGCAAAGCUUCGCCGUGAGCCCAAUAUCGUCGUCGUCACCUGAAAACCCCCUGAUGAAUCAAACCAAAAAUGCAACUCUAUCCGUUAAUCCCGUAUAAUAAAUGGGAUAGCUACCGUCGGUCUGGAUCUGGGGCAUAAUCUGGGGAUUGUGGAGUUGCGGGGAAUAUAGGCAUUGGCAACACUUCAAGCCCUGAAGUCUAGGCUGGGCAGUUUAGUGCAAAUAUUUGCUAUAUAAUUCCAACGGCCUACGCCAGUUUUAAAGGUCGCCAGUUUGCUACGCUCGGUCCAGAAAUUGCGAAUUUACUACCAGAACAAGACACAAUAUGCCGCUCUGGAAACAUAAUUUCCGUGGCAAUGCGCUCGUCGCUGCCAUCACAGCAUGCACCUGUCAAGGCUUCAUAGUCUUUGGUUAUGAUCAAGGUGUUAUGAGCGGCAUCAUUGGAGCGGACAAUGCGUUUGGCGAUUACUUCAACAGCCCAGAUCCUAAUGUGCAAGGAAAUAUCACGGCACUUUUUGAUAUUGGUGCAGUAGCCGGAGCUAUUCUAAGUUACGUGGUUGGCGAGACCCUCGGACGAAGGAGAAUGAUCAUGCUUGCCGGUAGUACCCUAAUUAUAGGGACUAUUAUACUGGCUAGCUCGACCUCGAUCGCCCAAUUAAUUGCAGGUAGAAUUAUAACCGGAGUGGGCAUGGGAAUCAACUGCGCGACAUCACCCGUUUAUCUCGGAGAAUGUUGUCCACCUAAGAACCGCGGGGCAAUUCUGUCAAUCCAGGGCUUGCUAGCUAUUGUCGGUUUGUUAAUAGCGUAUUGGCUUGAUUACGGCACCAGCUUCUACGAUUCGGACUUCCAGUGGCGGUUCCCCCUAGCUUUUCAGGGCAUCUUCGCCCUAGGCCUUCUCGUUCAGGUCAUUGGCCUGCCCGAAUCCCCUCGAUGGCUCGUCUUGAAAGACCGCGGACAAGAGGCCCAAGCUGUACUUUCAGCUCUUCACGACCUCCCUGAAGAUCAUCCCGAGGUACAACUCAGCCUGCAGGAAAUCCACACUGCUCAAGAGUUAGCCUCCAGGGGAGGUCCUUUCAGUUACAAGGAACUAUUCUCUGGUGGUAAACUCCAGAACUGGCGCAGAACUACAUUAACUGUAGUGAUUAUGAUUAUGCAACAGUUCACAGGUGCCAACAUGAUUAACUAUUACGCUCCCGUCGUUUAUCAGGGCACCAUGAAGAUCUCACGCCACACAUCAUUAAUUCUCGGGGGCUGCACAGGCGUAGCCUACCUAAUCGGAUCAUUCAUCUCACUAUUCACCACCGACUUCCACGGCCGCCGCUUAGUACUUAUGUGGUCCUCGGCCGGUCUAUCCAUGUGCUUCAUCGUAGCCACCAUCUUAUUAUCUUUCGAAACUGUAGGCGCAGCAUAUGGUGCCGCCGCAAUGAUAUUUCUUUUCCAGACCUUUCUUGGAAUCGGAUGGCAUCCCAUUGCUUGGUUCUAUCCCUCCGAGAUUAAUACUACCCGCUUACGAAGUCGAGCCGCUGCUAUCACGGCUGCGUCGAAUUGGAUGACUACAUUCGUCGUGGUUAAGAUCACACCUAUAGCGAUUGCAAACCUCAGCUGGCGCACAUUCAUCAUUUUCGGUGUCUUGAACGCUGCAUGGAUCCCGGUGAUUUACUUUUUCUUCCCCGAAACCAAGGGUCUCUCCCUCGAAGAUAUCGAUCAUAUCUUUGAGAAAGGCGGUUUUACCGGAGGUGUUUUCUCUUCGAAAGGGGGCCGUACCGUCGUGCCCCACCAACAUCGCCAGGAGGUUGGUCUCGAGAUAGAGGGGAAAAGUGACGGUGGGGUUGUGGUCCAUGUUGAGGGCAAUAGUAAGGAUGUUACAGCGGAGGAUGUUUGAAUUAUACUGAGAUUAUCGGGGCCUUUUUAUAACAUGUAUCCUCAAUUUUACUGUAAUUUGGUUGAUGUUUAGUGCGGUAGUACUGUACAAUUAUCAGAAGUCAUGCGCUGAA